GUGAUCAGCGGCCGCCGGCGGACGAUGGUGCUGUCACAGCUGCUGCUCGGGUGUGCGCGCCGGGCGGUCCUGGGACCCGCCGAGGCUGCGCUCUUGGGUCUGAAGUCAAUUAAGGGGAGCUGCCACAACUUUUGUACUGCUUCAAAAACUGUUACCUACAUACAACUUAAAAACCUGUUGAAUUCCAAAAACAUUAUCUUAAUUGAUGUUAGAGAGACAUGGGAAGUUCUUGAGCAUGGAAAAAUUCCUGGUUCUGUCAAUAUACCAUUGGACGAAUUAGAUAAAGCCCUACAGAUGAGCCCAAAGGAUUUCAAAGAGAAGUACAAUGAAGUAAAGCCAUCCCAGUCUGACAGUCUAGUGUUUUCUUGUUUAGCUGGAGUGAGAAGCAAGAAAGCUCUGGAUAAGGCAUUAACUCUGGGCUUUACCAGUGCUCAACACUAUGCUGGAGGAUGGAAGGAAUGGGCAACUUAUGAAUUUCCAGAGAAGAAAGAAGGAAAAUGAAUUUCAGCAAACAAGCUGGUGCCUGUCAAGCUGGUGUCUGUGCAGGAAGCCUAAAAGAACAAAAUGAGCAAAAUAAAAAACAUAGUACUGAUACCGCUCACUAAUGGGAAGAUUUUGUCUAAG